UUUAAAAUUGUAGUUCCUACAACUUACUCCGACCAAUUUGUCGUUCCUCAUUGCCCUUUUAUUCCAUUUUCAACAAUCGCUCAACAUGUUAUCCCGUCGGAUCUUGCUCGCCUCGAAGGUGCUGCGAGCACACCGGGCACCACAGAUGCGCUAUGGAUUUCCAAUUGUCCAGCAGUUCAGAUCCUACGCCGACACCAUCGUCAAGGUUCCACAGAUGGCAGAGUCCAUUUCGGAGGGCACAUUAAAGCAGUUCUCGAAACAGAUCGGAGACUACGUGGAGCUGGAUGAGGAGAUUGCAACAAUCGAGACUGACAAGAUUGAUGUCGCUGUGAACGCACCCCAGGCCGGUACUAUUAAGGAGUUCCUUGCCCAGGAGGAGGACACCGUGACCGUUGGUCAAGACCUCAUCCGUUUGGAGCUUGGAGGAGAAGCACCGGCAAAGGAGGAGUCGAAACCUGCCGAGACCAAGGAGGAGAAGUCGACGCCUUCGGAAUCGAAACCAGCAGCAAAGAAUGAGCCAAGCCCACCCAGAAAGGAGAGCGCUCCUGCACCAGCACAAGAGCAGCCAAAGAAGGCAUCCCCUCCACCGAAACAGUCCGAAUCCAAGGCCAAUGAGUCGAAAACUACUUCCGCACCGGGUAACCGUGAGGAGCGUCGCGUCAAGAUGAACCGCAUGCGUCUGAGGAUAGCUGAGCGCCUGAAGCAGUCGCAAAACACUGCGGCUUCGCUGACAACAUUCAACGAGGUUGACAUGUCUUCGCUCAUGGAGUUCCGCAAGCUCUACAAGGAUGACAUCCUGAAGAAGACCGGUGUCAAGCUGGGCUUCAUGAGCGCGUUCUCGCGUGCCUGUAUCCUUGCUAUGAGGGAUAUCCCGGCCGUCAACGCUUCCAUUGAGGGACCAAACGGUGGUGAUACUAUUGUCUACAGGGACUACGUGGAUAUCUCCGUCGCUGUUGCAACGGAGAAGGGGCUUGUUACCCCAGUUGUCCGCAACACUGAGGGCCUGGACUUGGUUGGCAUUGAGCAGGCCAUUGCGGAUCUCGGCAAGAAGGCCCGCGACGGCAAGCUCACGAUUGAGGAUAUGGCCGGAGGAACAUUCACCAUCAGCAAUGGUGGUGUCUUCGGUUCGUUGAUGGGUACCCCCAUCAUCAACCUUCCCCAGACUGCUGUCUUGGGUCUUCACGCCAUCAAAGAGAAGCCAGUUGCUAUCAACGGAAAGGUUGAGAUCAGACCGAUGAUGUACUUGGCGUUGACCUACGACCACCGUCUGCUAGACGGCAGGGAGGCAGUCCAGUUCCUCGUCAAGGUCAAGGAGUUCAUCGAGGAUCCCCGUCGCAUGCUGUUGUAGAUUUAGCGUAGCGAUGCUGUUGUAGUCGGUAGUGGCGAGGUUAGUUGGGCUCCGGUAUCCAACUUGGAUUAUGGAGAGAUGUAUAGUAAUAGAAGUUGCGCAUGGUUUAGCACUGGCGGGCUCAAAACCAUAUGUAUUGUAGAUGGUAAUACAGGGAAUGUGCUUU